AUUGUUAAACAGUAAGCAAUAGAUUUAUUCUGCACUAACAGAAUCUGGUUAUUACAUCAGAGAGAACGUUGUUCUAUCAUACCGAGUCUCUGCUUUUUAGUGGAAGUACAGCUAACAGAAAUGUGAAAAUUUAGGUUAAAACUAAUGAACUGGUUCAGCAGUUCAGAAUUUUCUCAUUCUCAAAAUGAUUUUCUUUUCCUUCUCCAGGUUAAGAGUUUUGUUUUUGACCCUGAUCAUUCACUGACUAUGAACAACCUGAAAACUGAUUUACUCCAGGAUCUGCUGAUUUCUCUAGUGGAGCUGGAAACGCGGUUAAUUUUGGCAGCUCUCCGUAAACAUAUUCACAUUAUUGAAAGCACAAAGGGCUCAGAUGAGUGGAAGAGGCUGAUGAAGCUUGCAGAGGACAACUGCACCAAUCAAACCGUCCUCAAGUGGCUUAAAGAAAAACCUUUCACCUUCUCCAAGCUGGUGGACAUGUUUAAUUUCUUUAAAAAGCACAUAGAUGAUGAGGAGAAGAAGAACCACAGCGACACUGUGGACAUCACCUUUGUGGCUCAUGGAUCAAUCGGAGACUUCAUGAUCCCAGCCAGCUGUCUGCUGCCUCUGGCCUCCAUCAGGGAUGUUGUUCUUUAUGCUCCCUGGAACUGCAUCUCUGCAGGCGCAGAGCUAACAUAUGCCAUGGCAACAGGAAAACUGAAGCCUCAGCACAGAGUCUUCCACUGCAACAAGAAGGAUGAAUGUUCAGUUCCUGAUGAAAAACACCGACCCGUGAAACUACCGGACCGCUGGAACUCAAUGAAACAGGCUGGAGACCAGAUGAUCCCAAACAUCUCAGUUAGUCCUCUACGACCAGACGAUGGUGUCUGGAAAAGCUUUGAGUCUCUCACCAAAAAAUAUGGCCCUGUUGGGAGAAACCGGAUCGUCAUUCCCUUCAUCCUCCCAGAAGAAAAAUCAGACAGUGUCCCGUUCUCUGUGGUCACCUUGGCCCUGUCUCUGGUUCUGCUCCAGUCCAGGUUCAAUGCCACUGUCCACCUGGAUACCUGUCUGGCAGAUAAAUCUAUUGGACAGAAGCUGGACAGGGAAUAUCUGGAGAAGCAGUACGCUUAUACUCCUGAUGAUACUCUAAUGAUAUGUUCUAAUGACAUCUUCAGCUUCUCAUUCAUAGAUUAUUUUAAGAGUUUCUUCAGUUAG